CUGUUGACAUCAUCUAUAUGCGACACAGGGCCCUUUUCAACUCACAUGUACUCCCCUUGUGUGCUUGUCUGAAGUGGAAUACUUUCGACAAUCAGUACAUGAUACAUUUUACAAUAUUUGGUCGGUAAACCACAGCGUAUCUACAUAAUGAGUUCUCAGAUUACUUGUGUCGGAUGGGUGGGGAGAGGCGUUGCCAAGGAAACCCCGGACAAAGUUGAGUUGAGCCAAGAGGAGCUACAACGCAUCAUCACUGAAGCAAAGGAAGAGCUGGGGGAAUUAGCAGCUGAGGAGGAGGAAGAGGAGGAUGAAGGCAUUGUCUCUGAACAGAAUCCUAAUAGUGAUACAGCAGACGUUGCUGUAGUUCCAAAGGGUGGGAAUGAAGAAGAAAAGCAGGAAGAUGACGAGCUAGCGGAGUACGACCUGGAUAAAUAUGAUGAAGAGGAUUCUGUGACUGCUAAUCUCGGCGAUAGUCUGGCUGGACUCACAGUGUUCAGCUCUAAUGAAGAAGAUCCUUACAUCACUAUCAAAGACACAGACCAGUAUGAGCGAGAAGACUUCCAAAUCAAACCCACUGACAACCUCAUCCUAACAGGCCGGGCAGAGAAGGACUGCUGCAAUUUGGAGAUCCAUGUGUAUAACUCAGAGGAGGAAUCUCUUUAUGUUCAUCAUGAUAUUCUGCUGCCAGCUUACCCACUGUGUGUUGAGUGGCUAAACUUCGACCCCAACCCUGCAGAAGGACCCGCUAACUACGCCGCUGUGGGCAAUAUGACCCCUCAGAUAGAUGUGUGGGACCUGGAUGUGGUGGACUGCUUAGAGCCAGCCUUCUCACUGGGGAGCAAAAAGGCCUCCAAGAAGAAAAAGAAGAGCAAGAAGGGAGCAGCAGCAGCAGAGCCUGUUGAGGGACACACAGAUGCAGUGCUGGAUUUAUCCUGGAACAAACUGGUUAGAAAUGUGUUGGCCAGUGGAUCAGCAGAUGACACAGUUAUCUUGUGGGAUCUUUCUCAAGGCAAACCAGCCACAACCAUGCGCAGACACACCGAUAAGGUUCAAACGUUAACGUUCCACCCAUUUGAAGCACAGACUCUGAUAUCAGGAUCAUAUGACAAGACAGCUGUCCUGUACGACUGCCGCAGUCCUGACAACAGCUAUCGCACUUGGAGGUUCAGUGGUCAAGUGGAGCGUCUGGUCUGGAACCACUUUUCACCAUGCAACUUCCUGGCCAGCACAGAGGACGGAUUUGUCUACUGUCUGGACGCACGCUCAGAUAAACCUGUUUUCACACUGAAGGCUCAUGAUGAAGAAGUAUCAGGAUUGGACCUUAGCAGCCAGAUUAAAGGGUGUCUGGUCACUGCAUCAUCUGACAAACAUGUUAAGAUUUGGGACAUUUUGGGCAACAAACCCAGCUUAGUGCACUCACGGGAUAUGAAAAUGGGCGUGCUGUUCUGCGCUUCAUGUUGCCCUGACCUGCCCUUCAUCUACGCCUUCGGGGGACAGAAAGAUGGCCUGCGGGUUUGGGAUAUAAGUGAUGUUGCAGCAGUGGCAGAGGUGUUCGGCAGUCGAGAGCGCCUGGUGGCAAACACGGGAUCACAGACAUCCAGCACUGCAGCCACAGCAGACAUGGAAGUCUCCUAGUGACCCUCUGGAUGCGUGAACAGCCUGUAAACAUGGGGAAAAAGCCGAGUAUCUCUGGAAACGCAUAAAGUUGCUGUGCUUACUCGUGUCCUCCUCUGAGUGCAGCACUUAGUUCAUUCAAAAGACGGGGAGAAAUGAAACUGCAUUCAUGAGGAAUUUGAAAUGUUGGCCAGAAUCCAAACUGGGCUUAAAACACCUGAAAAACCUGUUCAGCUUGUUUCCCUGUCCAGAUAACAACAGUGGCAUAGCACACUCAAAGAUGUGUUAAAAGACGAGUAUGUUCCUUACAUUCAUGCUAGUGAAUAUUUCAAGGAAAUGACUUUUCAUUUUUAGGGGGAAACAGUGAUUCAGAUAUUUGAAUUACUCUGUAUUAAUUGUUGUAUUACCUAUAGAUCUCCUUCAACUUUGCCUUUUUUGUACCUUUACAAAUGAAAUAUGCUACUAAGGAUAUUUUCACAUGAAAAUGUAUCAUUUACUUUGCAAUAUUCCUUACCCGGGUUUCCUGGUAGUAAUGAAUGGUUAAAUUAAAUAAUAAAAUAAUCCAGCAUACUUACAUGUGGCCAAAGUUUUCCAAAAUGAAAGACUCUUUAAAAUGCUGUAUAUUCAAUAAAUACAAUAUAUAAAAUGU